UCUUUCCAUACACACGAGAUCUACCGUCAUUUGUACCCGCUGACGUCACGCGAGCAGGCAGGCCUAUGCAGCAAGCCAUGACUCAGCUUGUUUUGUGGUGCAUGACCCGAGAGAGGAAACACAGCCAGAGUAGCGUCGAGACACAUCUUUCACACGACCAGCGGCCCGGCAAUCCCACAACCUGCAUGCGGAGAGCGCUGAGUCACGCCGGGAAACUGCCGGCGGCAACGGCGGCGGCGGAGCACGAUUCUCAUUCAGUGCUCAGUUGUGAUCAGUUGUUCCGUGAGUCGCUACCGCUGUGCGCACUUCACUCACGCCGGGCUGAGCAGCGCCGUGUCCCAUCACUGCUGGUUUGCCGUCACCAUGAUGUCCGCCGCGGCCAAGUUCGUGCUGCCGUCCCUGGCACUCCUGGGUUUUGUGUGCACGGGGGCCAUGGCCUACCCUCAAUCUCAGCCGACAAGGGACGUGGAGGAGCUACGCUCCGCCUUGGCCAUGUCCCAGAUGAUCCUGGCCCAGCAGGCGCAGCUCUUCAGGGAACUCAUCAACGCGACCAAGGAAAGCCACAGAUGCUGCAACGCCGGAAAGUCAGACCUCACGGAGUCCACGCUGGAUUGCCCCGCGCCCUUCCAACGGGUCGUGGAUGAGUGCUUCUUUAUGAGUACAAAUUCGCUCACCUGGGAGAACGCUAGACACUCCUGCGUGGGUAUGGGCGCAGACCUGACCACGCCCACCUACCUCUACUCCCUCAGGUCCUUCAUUCGGCAGGGAAGAAAAGGGUCUCGCAUACGGUCGGUGUGGGUCGGCGGGAAGGAUAACGGACCGGAAGGCUGGCGGUGGUUGAACGGCCUCCCUGUCAACGAUGCCGAGUGGGGGAAGAAGCAGCCUGAUGCGAAGCGGGCGGCGAGCAGAUGUCUGGCCCUGCGCCCGGGCAGUCACCCGCUGCUUUACGACGAACCCUGCCGCUCGACGCUUCGCUACGUGUGUCAGUACAACGGCGAGUUAAAGUAACGCCGCCAAGCUAAGCAAGGGCCGGAUUCUCAAGCAUUCCAGGGCUCACACAUCACAUUUACUAAGGCUUUCGUAGAGGUUGUGGCGGGUCAUCCCAUGGGUAGUUUUAUGAGUCUAGAGUGGUUCUUUGGCGAGGGUUUUGAGCCGUGAAUGUGAAAACGACUCAUGAAGGGAGCCAGAGGGAAAGGAAAGGGAAGAAGGAAGCAAAAGGCGAGGGAAAUAAAGGGAGAAGCUAAAGAAAGGGAAGAAGGGAAAGUAAGGCAGGGGUAUUAGUCUUCCCAUGGGUAUAGUUUUAUGAGCCUAGAGUGGUUGUUUGCCGAGGCUUCUGGCCCGUGAAUGUGAAAACCACUCAUGAAGGGAGAAAAAGGGAAAGGAAAGGGAAGGAGAGUGAAAGGGAAGGGAAAUAAAGGGAGAAGCUAAAGAAAGGAAAGAAGGGAAAGGAUAGGGAAGGGUAGCAGUAGUAUUUCCACGGGUAGUUUUACGAGUCUAGCGGUAUAGUUUGACGAGGCUUCUCAAUCAUGGCAAUAAAACCACUCAUGAGACCCCGCAAUCCCGCAGCCGACUCAUCUCCUUUGUGGCCUUCGGAAAUAGUUGUGAGAGCUGAAGGAGUCUGAGGAUACGGGCCCAGGACUGAGUUAUACCCACAAGAGGACUGGACAACUGGUCAGCUUGAUCCUAUAAAAUGUCUCUCAAUGUUUUUUUUAUGGUAGAUUACGAUCAUGUUUUUUUUCUUUCCUUUUUUCUCUAUUUCUUUAUCUUAUUCUUUCUUAAUGCCGCAAAAAUCACUACAAUCAGUUCGAGACGCGGCUUCAAGUGCUUCGAAUUGGGUUUUGUGAACUAGCUGCGAGCGAUGGACAUACCGUAGUUUCGAUAAGGAACAUUGUUACCACGUUAUGCUGUGGACAGUUAUAAAUGGAUGCUUGUUAACUUAUUGAGAUGUAGUGGAUAGUUUAUUUAUUAUGUAUUUAUUUUGUCACGAGUUGUUACCGCACAUGUUAAUUAGCACAAACCUUACCUUAAAACCUUCUAGCAAUCCUCAAUAGCUAGAAAUAUUAUAGAUCCCCCUGAGAACAUAGUAUUAGCUCACCCCUUACUGCAUACCUUACCUUACAUCCUCUUAGCAAUCCUCAAUAGCUAGAAAUAUUAUAGAUCCCCCUGAGAACAUAGUAUUAGCUCACCCCUUACUGCAUACCUUACCUUACAUCCUCUUAGCAAUCCUUAUUAACUGGCAAUGACAUAGAUUCCCUCUGAGAACAUAGUAUUAGCUCACUCAUUACCGCACAUGUUACCAAUACCUUACCUUACAAUCUCCUAGCAAUCCUUAUUAACUAGCAAUGAUAUAAUUCCUCUGAAAUCAUAUUAGCUCACCCUUACUGCAUGUUACCAAUACCUUACCUUAUCUCUUAGUAAUCCUUAUCAGCUAGCAAUGAUAUAGAUCCUCCUAUAGCAACAUAGUGUUAGCUCAAGCUCCUCGCCAGCUCAGCACCCUUCAACUGGCAGGGCAUUAUUAUAGUACUGUUCAACACCUUGUCCACCAAUAAAGGGGUGUCACGUGUUGGCUCUGUA